AGAGGAUACCAGAGCAGGGAAGACCCUCCACUGUACGACAACACGCACCGGGCUGGCUUGUCAACACUGACCGAUAAUGUCCCCGUACUGAUGCGGACCCCGGGCUCCAUGUCGCCGCUGACGUCCCUCCGUGCCUUCCGGAGCCCCCCCCCCGGGCCGAGCCCCGCCGCCAUGGCCUUGUUGCUGCCUCCCCGCUGCACAUCUGUCAGCCUCCCCGCGCUGCCCACCGUCCUGCUCGGACUGCUGCUGCUGCUGCUGCUGCCCGCCACCGGGCUCUGCUCCCAGGGCGACAAGGAGCCGAUUUACCGGGACUGCGUGAAGCAGUGCGUGCGGACUAACUGCACCGGGGCUCGCCUGCGGGGCUUCCAGUCCGCCCAGCCGCAGUACAUGGCGCUGACAGGUUGGACUUGUCGUGAUGACUGUCGCUAUCAGUGCAUGUGGACCACUGUGGGCCUUUACCAGGCUGAGGGAUACCGAGUCCCUCAGUUCCAUGGCAAGUGGCCCUUUGCACGCUUCCUGUGUUUCGAGGAGCCGGCUUCCGCCCUGGCCUCCCUCCUCAACGGCCUGGCCUGCCUUCUCAUGCUGCUGCGGUACCGCAGCACGGUGCCGCGUCAGAGCCCCAUGUACCACACCAUCAACGCCUUCUCUCUGGUGUCUCUUAAUGCCUGGUUUUGGUCGACAAUCUUUCACACUCGGGACACUUAUCUCACUGAGAAAAUGGAUUAUUUCUGUGCAACGGCAGUCAUUCUUUACUCAAUCUACCUGUGCUGCGUCAGAACGCUGGGUUUGAGGAGACCCGGCGUGUCCAGCAUGGUGGGAGUCCUGCUCAUCCUGGCUUUCACCUCGCAUGUGUCCUAUCUGACCUUUGUCAGCUUCGACUACGGCUACAACAUGGCUGCAAACACCACCAUCGGCAUGGUGAACCUCCUGUGGUGGCUGUGCUGGUGCUGGCAGAACCGCCGGACGCUGCCGUACUGGUGGAAGUGUGGCCUGGUGGUGCUGCUCCUUCACGGCCUGGCUCUGCUGGAGCUGCUGGACUUCCCCCCGCUGCUCUGGGUGCUGGACGCGCACGCCGUUUGGCACCUCAGCACCGUCCCGGUGCACUUCCUUUUCUACAGUUUCCUGAUAGACGACAGCCUCUACCUACUGAACACAGAGAAGAUGGGGGUCAAAGUCGAGUAGGAAGAGCUCGCUGCCUCUCCACCAGGCCGACGCCCGCUCCCCCCGUCCAACCAGGGCAGCCGGACACCCGAGCCCUGACGCAGCUCCGCGUCCCAGAUGACAUGCAUGACGGCACGCUCAUGCUUCUGGGAGAAGUUUGGCUUCAGGAUUUUCUCCCAGCUGCGGUUUGGAGCUGAGCGAAGGGACCGGAUGAUUGUUGGAAAGGCGUUCUGAAAGAAAGACCUGAAGGCAAAAGUCUCCCUCCUAUGAAAUUCAUCCAAAUAGACUUUGUUUACAUUUUUCAUCUUUUUAAUUUUCUUGUAUUUAUUUUGGCGGUAAUUUUUCUCUUUGAAACUCUUUGAAAUGUCACGAUUGACGCUUUCUCUACUUUGCCUUGCACUGACAUGCGUGCUGUCUUGUUUUUCCAUUCCUUAAGACUAUACGACAGGAUAUAGGUGAGGGGGGAAAAAAAAAAAAAAAAGAAUCGCCCCUGACCCGCAGCAUCACCUGUGCUUGACGUUCGUGUCCCGUUUCUCGGCGCUCGUUUAACUUCUGAAACUGGAUUCCCUGAAACUGGAAGUGCGACUCGGGCUCGUCCAGCCGUUCGUUUUCCCGGACCGACAAUAGAUGGCACCAAAUCACCAAGCAGCCCCUCCAGACCUCCUGCAGCAUGUGACCAGAUCCGUCUGUGCCAGAAGUGGAUGGUGGCAGCGGAGAGGUGCCCCCUGUGACGGGGGCUGCCAGCUGAUUGUUCCAGAAAUGGGGGGGGGGGGGGGGGGACGCUGGAGGCCGUUCUCGCUGACGGUGGAGGUUUUUUUCUCUUUAUCACCAUCACACCUUUAUUUUAGUGCCUCUCUUGUUUCCACUGCUGCUUUUGUCUGCUGUUCCUCAUUGUAAUUCAGAUACCUGUUCUCGUUUUGCCUUAGUUAUUUCAAGCCUGGCUUUUUUUUUUUGUUUUGUUUUGUUUUUUUUUUUAUUCCAUUUUAUUGCUAGUUUUACUUUGUUUAAAUGACUUUGAUUUUGGCUUGGUUCUGCCUGAUUACCAUGGAAGGGAAUUAUUGUUUUUAUUCACCUGGAUUGCCUUUUAGUGUGAAGAAUGGCUGAGGUAAAAAAAAAAACAAAAAACAAGCAAUGCAACGGGAAGGUGCAGUUAGAUUGCUUUUUAAGCAAAUUACAGGGUUAGGUGGUGUGUGUGUGUGUGUGUGUGUGUGUGUUACACUCAAUUGUUGUGAUUGCAUUUUUUUUUUUUUUUUUUGCUGAAGUGUGCACACACAUGCACCAUACUGCUUUGUACGUAACACACUCCGUCUCCCACACGUCUGCAUUAUGCACUGUGUCACACCUUUAUUGAGUGUAUUUUUGUUUCUUCUUUUUUUUUUUUUUUUUUCCCAGUUGACACCAAAAAAAAACAGAAGCUUUUGAAUUCAUUCCAUGUCUGUGUACAUGCCUCGGAGCGUACCAUCCACACGUGCACUUUAGGACUGUGCGUACACCUACGCGCAGCUUGUUGUGUGAAAUUCUGCCCAUGCCUUUGUACUGUUGUGUGAGAAUGUGAACAGUGACCAGUGUGUGUGCGCGUGCGCGUGCAUGUGUACACGUUGCCUUGACUUGACAUUGUGUUGUUUUUGGCCGGAACAAACCGAAGUACUGUGUGUGUGUGUGUGUGUGUGUGAGUGAAAGAGAGAGAGGGGUGGUGUGUGUAUUUAUACAUGUUGGAGGUAUUUUUUUUUUUCUUUUUUUGCGUGAACUUGUGUGAGAUGACGGGUAAAUUUAGCUUUGCUUGACGGCCUGUGAAGGGGGAGGGGGGGCAGGCGGAGGAGGAAAGACGUGGAGAGGUCGACAGGUGGCAAAAAAAAACACUCCUCCAAUCAUGGCAGCGAUGGUGCAAUCGAAAGAAAGUGUUGCAAACCUCAUACAUUUAAUAGUUUGUUAACAGAUGCAGUAAUGAUUUUUUUUUUUUUUUUUGUUGAAAUUGUGUUUUUGGCUCAGUUAUUAAAACCACACACAUAAAAUCGAAGCAUCUUUGUAGACAGAUUAGAGAUUAACUAACAGUUUCACUGGUGUUUGUUGUAAUAAGUUGAAGAUUACCUGAAGAAUAUACCAUAAAAAAAAAACAACUCCAGGUUUUAUUUUA